CGACCUCCCCCGACGCCUGACCGCUGCUUCUGGGGUACUGUUUCCGGGUCAGGGUGACCUCUGGGGUGAAGAAACUGCGACUGGGAGCGGGACCCGGGCGUGCAGCAUUCGCCAUGCUCGGCUCACGCGUGGGAGACUGGUCUGCGGGGUACCGGCCCGGAAAGCACCCAGCCUCCAAAGCCGCCUUCCUCAGGAAAAUUUCCGUGACCGUGACCUUACAGUCCUCCGUCUACAGGCCUUGUACCUCUCCAGGCCGAUUUUUCCACAAUUUAAAUCCCAGUCCACCUGGUAUCCAGCUGCAGCAACUUAGAGCGUUUCACGUCACGCCGGGCGCCAGGCGUCGGCUUGUAUAACCUGAAAACGCUCCUGUUUUUUCUCAUCUGUGCAGUGGGUUUUGAUUCCCACCAUGGCCAUCAGCCAGUUUCGGUUAUUUAAAUUUUGUACCUGCCUAGCAACAGUAUUCUCAUUCCUAAAGAGAUUAAUAUGCAGAUCUGGCAGAGGACGGAAAUUAAGUGGAGACCAAAUAACUUUGCCAACUACAGUUGAUUAUUCAUCAGUUCCUAAGCAGACAGAUGUUGAAGAGUGGACUUCCUGGGAUGAAGAUGCACCCACCAGUGUAAAGAUCGAAGGAGGGAAUGGGAGUGUGGCAACACAACAAAAUUCUUUGGAACAACUGGAACCUGACUAUUUUAAGGACAUGACACCAACUAUUAGGAAAACUCAGAAAAUUGUUAUUAAGAAGAGAGAACCAUUGAAUUUUGGCAUCCCAGAUGGGAGCACAGGUUUUUCUAGUAGAUUAGCAGCUACGCAAGAUCUGCCUUUUAUUCAUCAGUCUUCUGAAUUAGGUGACUUAGAUACCUGGCAAGAAAAUACCAAUGCAUGGGAAGAAGAAGAAGAUGCAGCCUGGCAAGCAGAAGAAGUUCUAAGACAGCAGAAACUAGCAGACAGAGAAAAGAGAGCAGCCGAACAACAAAGGAAGAAAAUGGAAAAGGAAGCACAACGGCUAAUGAAGAAGGAACAAAAUAAAAUUGGUGUGAAACUUUCAUAACACAUGUUCUUCACAUUUUAUCAUGCCAGUAGGAGAAAUCUCAGCUCCACAACUCUAGCAACAUUUGUAUGGAUGUAAGAGUAUUUUAAGAAUAUACACUGCUUGAUUUUAAUACAUUGAUCAAGCCAUCCAGGACACCAGGAUUCUCCCAAAGUACCUUGAACUCUUAGUGAUUGAGACUCAAAAAAACAAAAAAGACUUGAGACAAUGUUUUCUUCAACGUGCUCCAAAUAUAAGACAAUUGUUUGCUGUACAGAAAGUAUCACAAAUGGAAUAUAUCAGUACCUCUCAAGCUAGGGUUUCUAGCUAAAUAAAUGGGUGUAUAUAAUUUUAUGGUGGAAAAGGUCUGUUAUGAUUUCCUUCAAUGUGCAUAAUGAUAAAAUAAAUAAUUUUAAUAUUGUUUCCAUGGUUACCUGACCUAAAUUAGAUAAAUUGUAGGGCUUUAGCUUUCUUAUUUUUGUCAAAAGUUGGUGUUGACAUACAUUCUCUCUAAUUUGAACUGGUAUUGUUUACGUUUGAUACAACAUUAAGGAAUUUGAUGAUUUUCAUUUCAUGAAAAUGACAUUAAAUGCAAUAAUUUUAUUUAUCAUAAACAUUUUGUACAUCAUUGUUUUCUUUUGGAUUGGUGUUGUAAUGUCAUACAUGUAAUUUAUACCGCAUGUAUAAACAUUGAAAAUCAACUAAAAUGACAUUUGUUUUACAUUAUAACUUGUGAGUUUUAAGAACUAGUAUUAGUAGUUUUUUCCUUUCACUAUAGAUUUUAAGAUGUUGUGGUAUCUUUGAGUGCCUUAGUUCUUCCUCCAUCCCAAAAGCCAUUAAUUUACAAAUGCAUAAAGCCAUCAGGUCAAAUAUUUCAAAGCUUGUAGAUGAUUUCUGUAUUAGCUUUAGAUGUCCGACAUUAUGUAGGUUACCUGUGUUAUUGGCUAGGAUAACAUUAUUGAUUCAUUAAAUCCUAAAGGUAGGAAUAAUAAUCUUUUAUUUAUGCUGUUGAUUGGCUCCAAAAUAGUCUUAAGGAAAUAGUUAAAUACUGUGUUUAUAGGGGAAAAGUAGACUUGAUAGUUUAAAAUCCCAUUAACCUUUUCAUCACAACUGAAAUGCAUCCAGCUCGAUUUUCCUAUCAUUUUAGAAUUUUUAAAGAUUUUUACUAAGUUACUGCCUAGAAUCAACACUCUGUGAGAUUUUAAAAUGUCAUAGAUACUCUACAGGCCAAACCUUGCUAAUUUAUUUUACUUAAAGUGAUAUUUUAUAGAAAAAUCAUAAGUUAUACAAUGAGAACCCUUUAAGCCCUUAGCCUAAGAUUCCAGACUAAAUGUGAUUAUAGAAUAAGAUGAAAUUUAACUUUGAUACAGAGUUUGUUAUAGCCCCAAAUUAUAUUUCCAGUUAUAUUCAUUAGAAUUUCUGCUAAUAAACUCCCAACUUAAAUAGAACUGGGCUCAAAGUUUUAAUAAUGUAUUCUCUUCCUUCUUUGUAUUUAUAUUUAGUUAUUAUGGGAAUACAACAUGGCUUGUCUAAAUUUGGAGUUCAUAAAGGAUAAAACUUCCUUUAGCUCAAUUACUUGUAUUGCUUUUCCCCAGUAACUGAAAAGUAUUUAAGUUUGCUUUGGUCAUGAUUUUCAUAUGUUUGAGGGUUUUUUUGUUGUUGUUUUUUGGCUUUUUGGUUUUUGGUUAUUUAAAAAUAAAGAGGUUAGAAAUUAUAGUUAGUAUGAUUAAUUAGGAAGAAAUAUAUUUUUCUUGUGGAAAGAAUAGGUAACAAUUCUGGAAUUUAUUUUAUCUCUAUUGAUGUGUAAACUAAAUUCCUGUAUUAACUUGGGUAUAUUUUGGUCCCAAAAGUAGUCACUGAGUUAAAUGCAUAUGAUAAACAAUUCAUGGUAGCAUACUGUCUCCUUUAGCUACUAAAUUUACGGUUUCUAUUUUUUGUUUUAUUGAUUUCAAUAAAGAAUUGUCAGUUUUAGAUGCUUAUUAGAAGUAAUAAGAAAUACUGGUAGGCUUAGAUAGAAUUAGUGACAUUUUAACCAUUACCAAAAUUGUGCAUUUCAUGUACUGAGAUAACAAGUAAUCAAAGACAUGUGAAACUUACCUUGUGUUUUUUUUUUAAUGUAAUUUCAUAGUUUCUAGCCAUUUCCUGUAACAUGUUUAAUUGAGUUGAUAUUUUAGAACUGAAAAUUUUAAAUUCUGCAUCCAAAUUUCUCAG